AGAAGAAAGCUAUAGGCUAACUUAUGAUUAUUGGUAUAUAUGGGUAAUUUAUCUUCAAACCAUUUCGAUAAAUUGGAUUAUGAGCAUUUAGAAUUAUUUAAUGCUGAAAAGUAUUUUGGACUUGUCAAUUUUGGUAACACCUGCUAUUGUAACUCAGUAUUGCAAGCAUUAUACUUUUGCAAACCAUUUAGAGAGAGAUUGUUAUUAUACAAGCUACUUCAUAAGAAAACCAAAGAUACAAUCUUAGCAUCACUAGGUGACUUAUUUUUCACUAUUGCCUCUCAAAAGAAAACUGUUGGAAGUUUGGCUCCUAAAAAAUUCAUAACAAGAUUACGAAAAGAAUAUGAGAAUUUUAAUAAUUAUUUGCAACAAGAUGCCCAUGAAUUUCUCAAUUACUUAUUAAAUGACAUUUCAGAAACUCUCACAAUUGAAUGUCAAGAGAAACUUGUCAUUCUAGCCUCCUUAAACCAAAAUGCCCAUAUGGGUAAUCACAUUUCAGCAAGUUCGAAAAGGCAAAAUCCAUUCAAUCAUGCAAUUCAUUGUACAUCAAACACAAUUUCCCUAGACAAUUCACACGUGACCAGCGAUAUCUCGAAAGAUCAAAUCAGUAUUCAAUCGUCCAUCAACCAAAAUUCCAUUUCGAACAGUUCGACCGAACCGCCUUUCAGUAAUUCGAAUUCUAUUCAUAACGACGGCAAUAACUACCACCGAAAACACACUACGAAAGAAAAAAUAUUUUCCGCCUGGGCCAAAUCAAAAGCUAGUUUCAGGAGGAGGGCCUCUCACGCUGGCAUAUUCGUACCUCCUUUUCUAGCGACGCCCGAAAACGAAAGCGGGUUACCUUUAUUCGAGUCCGCCCAACUCCCUAACCGCCACGUAAAUUCGGGUAUACCCGUAAAUCCGGAGGCUUAUCAAAUCGACCUCAAACACGAUUCGCUCGAUAAUCAUAGAACGAACCACGAUCCCGAUUUAUCCCACUGCAACUGCGUAAGAUCGAACGCUCCCGUCUCGAAUAACGAUAACGUCAAGAAGAAAAGCAGGCCCAAUUUCUUGCUGAGAGGCAAGAAGAGCUUUUUCGACACCCCUUACUUGAACAGCAGCUCUUGUUCCGCUAACAGGGUAACGCCACCAAUAGAUAGCGUUGGCAAUACCCAGUGCAAUGGCGUAGAUUGCGAUAAAGGCUCGAGGGAUCGCGCGAGAGAAGGAGCGAGUGGUAAGAACGAUAAUUUCGUGAACGAAAUAUUCCGGGGCCAGUUGGCCCACGAGACCCGUUGCCUCAACUGCGAAAGCAUCAGUAGCACGACAGAAGUAUUUUUUGACAUUUCCGUCGACGUCGGUCCCAACACAUCCAUUACCAGCUGCCUGCGAUCUUACAGCAAUAUUCAAACGCUCUUGGGCGAAAAUAAAUAUGAAUGCAAGACUUGCAACUGCAAACAGGAAGCUCAAAGAAGAACUAGCAUCAAGAAAUUGCCCGUAGUCCUAGCUCUCCACUUGAAGCGAUUUAAGAUGGAUACCUUGGGCCAACCAAAUAAAUUUACCAAAGUCUCCUUCAAAGUCAUUUUCCCUCUCGAAAUCAGGCUUCCUAUAUCGCCCAAUAACUCUAGCGUCCUUUCUGACGAAUUGGAAUCCAGCCGUCUUUACGAACUAAUCGCAAUUAUAGUGCACUGCGGAACUGGUCUUAACAGAGGUCAUUACAUUAGCAUCGUCAAAUCGCUCGGUAAUUGGUUAUUAUUCGACGACGACGUUGUGGAGACCAUCGACGAAUCAUCUAUCCAAGAUUAUUUUGGCGUUUCGUCCGACCACCAGAAAUCGUCCGAUACGGCUUACAUAUUAUUUUAUCAAGCUUUAGAAUGGCGCUCUUUAUGAUAAAAAACUUCAUUUUUAUAUAUAUAUAUAUAUACACACAAAACCACAAUAUCAUAUGGGAACGUAAAAUUUGUUGUAAAAUUGAUUAUUAUUAAAAAAAACAAAAAUCAUUUACUGUGAUAUCCAUAUAAUACCAUCGUCGUUAAUCGUUUAAUUUAUAGUCAAUUAGCCCCCCUCUGACAAGCUCCUUCUGCCCCUAAUAUUACACAAAUGGGAAAUUAUUGAUUACCUAAAAAAAUCCAAACCCAUAUCUUUUUUUGUGUUAAAUGGCAAAACUCUUAAUAAAACAAUCUUUUACAUCUCAUUUUUUUCCCUCCUUUUUAAAUAUAAUUAUAUAUUUUUUUGGGGGAGAUAAAUGACAAUAAAAUAAUGCCAAUAAUUUUCAUGAAUAUAAUUUUUUUAAGAAAAAUAAAUAAUGUUGCCAUUAAUUAUAAAAACGAAAGAAAAAUAUUUUUUUUUUGAACACCCUUAUAUUAUUAUUUUUUUAAAAUUAAAUAUUAUAAAUAAUAAUAAUAUAAGAAGAAAAAUAUAUGUCAUAUUAACUAUUAUA